AUGGCUUCAUUCACAAUUGGUUUUGGUCCGGCAAUAACAGGAAGAGUUUUUGCGGCGACGGAGACAAAGAGCUCCGGUGGAAGCAGAGAGGAGAAAGGGCCAAUGGAUUGGAUCAUUGGAAAUCUAACGAAGGAAGACCAGUUUUAUGAGACUGACCCUAUCCUCAAGAAGGUUGAGGAGAAGAGUGGUGGAACCACAAGCCGUGGGAAUUCCGUUGCAGUUCCUCCUAAGAAGAAGAACGGUGGAUUUGGAGGCUUUGGAGGUCUUUUCGCCAAGAACUGA